CGGCAGCUCUCGUCGUAACGUGAUUUAAACAAUGCUCUUUUUUCUUUUUUUAUCGCUACUAUUAAAGUUUGUAUUUGUUUCUGAGGCUUUCCAAAAUCCAAAAAUGGUCUUAAGUCCCAACGAUCCGAGUUCUUUUUCGAGACCAGAACUCGUAGCUGUAGUGCACACACAUUUACAACUAUCGAUAAAUUUCGAAAAGAAAAUUUUAGAAGGUCGUGUGAUUUUGGAUGCAGUAAGAAAAAAUAAUUCUGCUGAUGUCAUGAUUUUGGAUGUGAAAGAUCUCACAUUGAUAAAUGUAACAAAUGGCGAGGAUGAUUCAAAACUCGAAUAUACUGUAGGAGAAACUGUUUCAUUUGGAUCUAAGCUGAGUAUUAAAUUACCAAACGUUUCUGAAUCAGAUGAUGGUAAAACGAGAUAUAAAAUAAAAAUUCAGUACCAAACAUCGUCAAAAGCAACUGCUCUGAUGUGGCUCGAAGCUAAACAAACAUCUGGAGGCAAACAUCCUUAUCUUUUUUCACAAAGCGAGGCAAUUCAUGCCCGGACGAUGUUGCCUUGUCAAGACACGCCAGGUUUAAAAUCAACAUACAGUGCUGAGAUUACUGCACCAAAGUGGGCGACAGUGUUGAUGUCAGGUUUGCACAAUGGAACCAGAGAUGUAGAUCAAAUUUCAAAAAUUAGCAAAUUCUAUCAACCAGUUCCAAUUGCUUCAUACCUUAUUGCAAUUGCAGUUGGUAGUUUGGUUUCCAAAAGAGUUGGACCCAGAUCUUCUGUUUGGGCUGAGGAAGAAUUAAUUGAGCAAAGCGCUUACGAAUUUGCGGAAACUGAAACUAUGCUUCAGACUGCUGAAGAAAUUUGUGGUCCAUACAUUUGGGGUAUCUACGAUUUACUAGUUCUCCCUCCCAGUUUUGCAUAUGGUGGAAUGGAAAAUCCUUGUUUAACUUUUGUGACGCCAACUUUACUCGCUGGCGAUCGUUCCGCAGUAAGUGUAAUUGCUCACGAAAUUGCACACAGCUGGAGUGGAAAUUUGGUGACAAACGCAAAUUUCGAACACUUUUGGUUAAACGAAGGAUUCACUUUUUUUAUUCAAUUUAAAAUAGACGGGAGGAUGUUUGGCGAAAAAGUUAGGCAAUUCGAUGCCCUAAUUGGUCUUUCCGAACUCAAUCAUUCUAUAUCCACGAGUGAAACUCCUGAACGUUUUAAAUUGAUUGUUAAUUUGGAUGGAAUAAAUCCUGAUGAUGCCGACGUGCCUUACAUGAAGGGCCACGCUCUCCUCUAUUACUUGGAAGAACUUCUCGGAGGUCCUAAGGAAUUUGAAGCCUUUUUAAAAAGUUACUUUAACUUAUUUAAGUGCAAGAGUGUUCUAACUUCAGACUGGAAGGGCUAUUUGUAUAAAUACUUUUCAAAUAAGACUGAGCUUCUGGAUUCUGUGGAUUGGGAUACUUGGCUAAACAAACCAGGCAUGCCUCCUGUUAUUCCAAAUUAUAAUACCGAUUUGUUGAAUGCUUGCAUCGAACUCGCAAAAAGAUGGUUAUCCUGGGACGAAAAUAGUGCCCCCAAUUUUGAAAAAUCAGAUAUUAUGAAUUUAAGAGCAAAUCAAAGAAUACAGUUUCUUAAAGAAUUGUUCAGAAAUGAAACUGUGCUCUCAAUCAAGAAAUUGGAGAAAAUGCAAGAGAUUUACGACUUUGAUUCUGUCCAAAAUGUGGAAAUAAAAUUCAUGUGGAUUCGUCUCGCUCUGAAAUCUCGAUGGGAAGUAAAAGUGGCAGAAGCUCUUGAUUUUGUUUCAAAAGUGGGUCGUAUGGGAUUCGCCAGUCCAAUUUAUAGCGAUUUUUAUGCCUGGGAAGAAAUGAGGCAAAGAGCAAUUGAUAACUACACGAAAACAAAAGAUCGGAUGAUGUACGUCACUGCAGAAAAAUUGAAAAAAGUCUUACACUUAGAUGAUAAUUAAAGGUUGAAAAUUUAAACCUGUUUUCUACCUGUAAAUAACCUUUUUCCA